CAUCCGGUAAACAUGGUGGUUUCGAACUGUCCAGCGUCGACGAUUUCGGCACCUGCCGCGUCUCUCGUCUACGUGCGCGCUCGUACGGGUGCCGCGCGGACGGCGUAGAAGGGGCGACCCCGGGCUCGAGCCAUGCGUCUGAGAGGACCCUCCGCUCGCUGAGCGCCGCCGAGCGAUGCUGUCUCGGCUGGCGACGGCGUUGUCCAACGCCGUGGACGCCCUGGCGCCUCCGCUGCCGCUCAGCGAGGAGUUUGUGUGGCACUGGCAGUGCGUGAUGCGUUUCUACACGGACCGUCACUCGUCCAGCCAGAAGCCCAUCGAGCUAACGGGCCUGCCCGGCCGACUGGAGGAGAUGUCCAAGCUGCUCGAGCAGGAGGAGGCCGAGCUGGGAUCGGACUCCCUGGGACCGUGCCUUGAGCAGUUGCUGCAGCGUCGGAUGCUCGACCAGAUGAGUGCGCUGGCCCGGGCCGACGCUCCGCCGGGCAUCAAGCGCUGCGUGCUGCAGUUCGUGAGCCGUCUGCUCGCGAGCAGCGGCCAGGCGCUGCUGCCGCAGAUGGCUGUCUCGACGGCCGUGCACAAGCUGGUCGGCCUGUGCGGAGAAGUGCUGGCGGCUCCUACCGAGCGAGACGAGGUGCACUUCCUCAACGUGGUGUGCCAGAAGAUCCGCACGGACCCCGGCCUGCUCAACUGCUUCCUCUCGUCCCCCGGAGACCCCCAGGGGGGGGCCGAGGGCCCCUCCUCCCUGCUGAAGGCCCUGCUGACGCUCAUGGAGAGCGCCGACUCGGACGUGUCCACCCUGGCCGCGGAGUGCCUCAUCCUGUGCAUGGCCAACGUGGCCGACGACGUGGCGCGCUACGUCGUCGGCCGCUCGGACGUGUGCACGUGCGUCGUGCGCCACCUAGUGCGCCUUUACACGGCCGUCCCGCGUAGCCUCCACGCCGCGGACAUCGACGAAGCCGUGGCCUUCUGGAGCUCGGACGCCACGGGGGAUGCGGAGGCGCAGCCGGUCUUGGCAUCGGGGAAGCGUCGUCUGCUCUGCUUCUUCAAGUGGCUCGGGUUCGUCGACACGCUGGUGGAGCUGUCCCAUGCCAUCAUCGGGGCCCGUCUGGGGCAGACCUUUGCGGAGGACUUCCUCUGCGGGGUGCUCCGGAGGGACUUUGCAGACGUGCAGACGGAGGAGGCCUUCCUCUUCGAAAUCACUCUAGUCACGACGUGCCUGCGCAACGUCACCUCGGCGCCCCUGGUUGCAGCCUUCGGCGCCUUCCUGCUGGGUGACGCGGAGAGGCCGUCCCUCAAAGACGCGCUCAUUGAGCGCGGUCGCGACCCGGAGGCUUCGCCGCAGCUGUUGCUGGCAACCCUGCAGGUGUUCGAAGAGCUGCUCCAGCGACCGUCCAGGGACAUCCUGGACAGCCUUGUGCUGGGACACCUGGUGGGGCGCGGCUACCACGGCGCUGCCGGCGAGGUGCCAGAGUCGAGCGACGACGACGGUGGCGGCGGCGACCCGAACGACUUCGACGUGUCCCCGGGCUCGUCCCCCGUGAGCCGCACCUUCGCACCAGCCCGCAUCCACCGCAUCCUCAACUGCUUCCUCCUGCUCCUCCCCGACGAGAUCAAGUCCUGCGAGGACACUGGCUACGACGCCUACAUCGCGGACGCCCACCGCCAGUACCAGGAGGCACUGGCAGUCAGCGAAGCCUGGGACUGGCCCAGCGAGCCACUGUGCGAAGAGCACACGAGCGCCGAAGACGACCAGAGUUCGGACUCGCAGCCCGAGGCCGACCACAGGGGCUUCCAGGAAGGGCCCUUCCUGGCAUUCGUUCUGGACACCAUCGAGAAGAUGCACCGACAGCCGUACGACGUCAACCUCCUGGUCACCUCACUGGUGUCGCGACUGGCGCUUUUCGCGCACCCCAACCUCCAUGAGUACCUGCUGAACCCGCUGCUUCCGCUGGCGCCUGGGGCACGCUCGCUGUUCACUUCGCUGCUCAAGGUCGUGGAGGAGAUCCAGGUGGCCGUGAGAGGCACCGACAGUCUGCGGCGGAAGCUGGUGCUCACGCGGAGCGCGCUGCUGGGCGAUGGCGGCGACGACGCGGCACUCGGCGAAGAGUCAUCGGUCCUGGAGGCCCUUAUUGUCAUCGAGGAGUUCUGCAAGGAACUGGCCGCCGUGGCCUUCGUCAAGUACCACGCCGCGUCCUGAGGGAAGACGUCGUGCCUUUCUGGUCCCCCUCCCCGGAGGGAAACAUUUGGUGUGUCCGUCUUUGAGAGACAAUUAUUUUAUUACGGACUAAAUAAAGAAUCAGUCUCGUGCCGGUCGGAGUGCCUCGUGUA